GCCACUUCCCAGAGGCUCCGUCGGGCUUCUGGUGUGGUCCGCCAGUCCCGCGUGGGCAGCGGGCUCCCAGGCCCCUGCCCUGCUCUGUCCCGCGUCCCCGCGGCCUCCCCGCGGCCACCCACCGCCAACCCAAAGCCUCAUCCUGCGGCAGGUGAGCGGCACCAUGUCCACUUUGCUGGAGAUCAAGAGCAGCGUGCUCAGGCAGGUGCAGGCCUGCCCGUCCUUCCUCCGCAAGACGGGGCAGGAGCCCGACAGCAGCGCACACCUGCAGGAGCCGGCCACGGGGGCCUGGAAACCUGGUGAUGGUGUGGAAUUCUUCGCCCACAUGCGCUUCCUCCUGAAGAAAGGAGAUGGCAGACAGGGCCUGCCCUGCCCCGAGGUCCUCUUACGCAGCGGUUCCCCAGCUCCCGCCGAGCCCGUGGACCCCAACCGUGGCCUGAGAGCCCUGACCCAGGAGGAGGUGGAGAUGCUGUACGAGGAGGCCUUGUACACGGUCCUGCACCGCGCCGGCACCAUGGACCCUGACCAGGUGGACGAUGAGGCGGCCCUGCUGGGCUACCUGCAGCAGGUGUUCGGCACCAGCCCCGAGGAGCACGCUGCGGCCAUGGAGCGUGUGAAGAAGGCCAAGGCUCCCACCUAUGCCCUAAAAGUCUCCGUCGUGCGAGCCAAGAACCUUCUGGCCAAGGACCCCAAUGGCUUCAGCGACCCGUACUGCAUGCUGGGCAUCCUGCCGGCCUCGGGCGCCCCUCGGGAGCCCAGCGGGCAGAAGGAGCAGCGCUUCGGCUUCCGGAAGGGCAGCAAGCGCAGCGGCCCGCUUCCCGCCAAGUGCAUCCAGGUCACGGAGGUCAAGAACAGCACUCUGAACCCCGUCUGGAAGGAGGACUUCCUGUUCGAGAUCGAGGAUGUCAGCGCGGACCAGCUGCACCUGGACAUCUGGGACCACGACGACGACGUGUCCCUGGCAGAAGCCUGCAGGAAGCUGAACGAAGUGAUCGGCCUGAAAGGCAUGAGCAGGUACUUCAAGCAGAUUGUGAAGUCCGCCCGCGCCAACGGCUCCGGGGGACCCACCGAGGACCACACCGACGACUUCCUGGGGUGCCUCAACAUCCCCGUGCGGGAGGUGCCCGUGGCCGGGGCCGACCGCUGGUUCAAGCUGGAGCCUCGCUCCAGCGCCUCGCGGGUGCAGGGGGACUGCCACCUGGUCCUCAAGCUCAUCACCACGCAGAGGGACACGGCCCUGAGCCAGCGCGGGCGGUCCGGCUUCCUGUCCUACCUGCUGCUGCUCAGCCGCGUGCUGCGGCUCGAGCACCGAGUGGAGGAGCCCGACUCCAGCCGCUGGCGCGGUGAGCUCAGCGCGCCCGCCACCACGGUCCUCUGCCUGCACGGGGCACAGAGCAACCUGUCGCCGCUGCAGCUGGCCGUGCUGCACUGGCAGGUCAGCAGCCGCCACCAUCAGACACGCACUCUAGACUAUGGCUACCUCCUGGGGCUGCUGGAGGAUAUGCAGGCGCACUGGGAGGAGGCCGCCUCCCUGCCCCAGGAGCAGGAGGAGAGCCUGGCCGACAGCUUCUCUGCCUUCUCGGAGUUCGGGCUUCGGCUGCUGCGCCAGCUCCGGGACUACUUCCCUGCCACCAACAGCACCGCGGUGUACCGCCUGGAGCUGCUGCUGAAGUGUCUGGACAAGCUGCAGCUCUUCCAGCCCUCCUUUGAGAUUUGUCCCUUUGAGACGGAGCUGAACAUGGACAUUUGCGCAGCCCUGAAGAGAGGAAACCGAGAGUGGUAUGACAGGCUCUUGAACGCCAAGAGUCCCCGAGAACAGCCAGCACCGCAGCGCCUGCCUGGGCUCAUCGAGCUGGCAGACAUCGUCUAUGAGGACCUGCAGUCUUGCUACGGCAUCUACGCCAGCCUCUUCCACGGCAUCCUCAACGUGGACUUCUUCACGCUCACUUUCCGGCAGCUGGAGCGCCUGGUGGCUGAGGAGGCAUGGGUGCUGACAGAGGAGCUGAACCCCAAGAUGAGUCUGGAGGUGGCUGCGGGGCUCUUUGAGCUCUACCUGACGCUGGCAGACACCCAGCGCUUCUGGAGCUGCGUCCCUGGCCGGGACAGCCGCUCCCUGGCCCUGGGCGGCCUCCACACGCCCUUCCUGCCGGCCGUGAAGCUGUGGCUCCAGGUGCUGCGGGAUCAGGCAAGGGCGCUCCAGGGGGCCGUGGACUCGGACUCGCUGGAACCCGUGGACUCGGCCUCCAAGCACAGCAGCUCUGCCACCACCGCCAGCCUCUGCCUCAGCCACAUUCAGGAGCUGUGGGUCCGUCUGGCCUGGCCCGACCCAGCCCAGGCCCAGGGGCUGGGCACUCAACUCAGCGAAGACAUGUGUGAGACCACGCUCUUCUACACCGAGCUGCUACGGAAGAAAGUGGACAGUCAGCCGGGGGCAGCGGGGCGAGGUGGUGAGCCACUCUGCGUGGUGCUCAACAACGUGGAGGUGGUACGCAGGGCUUCGGGGCAGGCUCUGCGGGGCCUGGCGUGGCCGGAAGGAGCCUCGGGGGUGCGGGGGGCGCUGCCCCGGGCCCUGCUCGGCUGCACGCAGGCUCUGGACGAGGACCUGCAGCGGGAGGCCCGCACGGUGACGGCACACCUCACCUCCAAGAUGGUGGCGGACAUCCGAAAGUAUGUGCAGCACAUCAGCCUGUCCCCCGACUCCAUCCAGAAUGACGAGGCCGUGGCUCCUCUCAUGAAGUACCUGGACGAGAAGCUGGCCCAGCUGAGCGCCUCGCUGGUGAAAGAGAACCUGACCCGGGCUCUGUGGGAGCUGCUCCUGCAGGCGAUCCUGCAGGCCCUGGGUGCCAACAGUGACGUCUCCGCCGACUUCUACGGGCGCUUCCACUUCACACUGGAGGCCCUGGUCAGUUUCUUCCAUGCAGAGGGCCAGGGCCUGCCCCUGGAGAGCCUGAGGGACGGAAGCUACAAGAGGCUGGAGGAGGAGCUGCGGCUCCACAGGUGCUCCACCCGCGAGUGCAUCGAGCAGUUCUACCUGGACAAGCUCAAGCAGCGGUCUCUGGAGCAGAACCGGUUCGGCCGCCUGAGUGUCCGCUGCCAUUACGAGGUGGCCGAGCAGCGGCUGGCUGUGGAGGUGCUGCACGCGGCAGACCUGCUCCCCCUGGACACCAACGGCCUGAGCGACCCCUUUGUGAUUGUGGAGCUGGGCCCGCCACACCUCUUCCCGCUGGUCCGCAGCCAGAGGACGCAGGUGAAGACGCGGACGCUGCACCCGGUCUACGAUGAGCUCUUCCACUUCUCCGUGCCCAUGGAGGCCUGCCGGCGCCGCGGGGCCUGCGUGCUGUUCACCGUCAUGGACCAUGACUGGCUGUCCACCAACGACUUCGCCGGGGAGGCGGCCCUGAGCCUGAGCGGGGUCAGCGGGGUCCUGAGGCCUCAGGCCGGAGGGGGCGCGAGGGCCGGCCAGCCCGUCACCCUGCACCUGCGCCGGCCCCGGGCCCAGGUGAGGUCUGCGCUGCGCAUGCUGGAAGGCCGGAACAACAAGGAGGCGCAGGAGUUUGUCAAGAAACUCAAGGAGCUGGAGAAGUGCAUGGAGGCUGACCCCUGAGCUCCCCGCGUCCCCUGGUGCCCCCCUUGCAUGCUGGUGUGGCUGUGCCCCGUGACUCUGUUGGCUGUGAUGUGCUGUGAACCCCUCGCGCACUGCUCCAAGUGUGGGCAGCUCCGGCGGCGGUGCGCUCCGGCGGCGGUGUCCGCAGACGCUCUGGAGGCCACGGGUGGGAGGUGAAAGGUCCCCGGCAGCGGCCAGGGAGGCUGCACACCCUGAAUGGCAGCGCGCCGUGCCCGCGAGAGGCGCGGGGUAGAGAACAGCUCCCAAGGAAGUUCUACCCGAUCCCCCAGGUGAGACAGGAGGCCAGGCUCAGGUUUGGGUGACCCAACUUUUAAGGAAAGCGAGGUGUGAGUGCCGAGCUCGGCUCCCUCUCCUGGCUCUGGAAGCGCCGCUCACAGGAGGCGGCAGGGCUGCGCGUGCUCAUCCCAGGCCCCAUCUGGCCCCAAGCUUCGGGAGGUUUCCCGGGGUCCCAGAGGCUGACGAGCAGGACAAGGAGCUCGGUGUCCCUCGGCUGCCCUCCACACACGUGCAUGCAAGCACAGCCCGUGCCCCCGCUGCGUACCCCAGCAGGCAGCGCGCUCCCGGCCCUCCGUGCCCAGACCCCCCCUUCCAAGGCCUGCGGCUUGCGGAGAGCCCAAGGCGGGCCUUCAGCCCUGCGGGCCGCUGCAGCGGGCUGGUGCUGCCAGGCCCUGUCCACCCCAUGUCCCACUGCUGUCGCUGGACUUCCAGUCCUCUCAACAACGUCGUGUCUGCAUCCUUCA